GUGACGUGGCAGCAUGGCGGCGGGGGGCAGCCGCGGGGACCCCUUGGCCAUAGAGCCGCUGCCUGAGCCCCAGCCUGAGAGGUCCCCAGCUGAGGGGCACUGGGGGGACCAGGAGCCAACGGCAGAGAUUCAGUUUAAAAUUCUAAGAGGGCACAGCGAUACUGUGAGCUCCUGCCAUUUUUGCUGUGAAGACUCAAAAAUACUUUCAUGCUCUUAUGACAGAACAGUGAAGCUCUGGGAUGUUGCCAAAGGAUUUCCUGUUCAAAUUCUUGAAGAACACACAGCCCCAGUUUCUGAAUGCAACUUGACUCCUGAUGGCAGAAGAGUGGUAACAUCAUCCUAUGAUAACACUGUCAAGACUUGGGAUAUGGAAACGGGAAAAGUGCUUUGGACAAUAGAACAUGAAGGCAUCGUAACUUCAUGUAAUAUUUCCCGUGAUGGCAAAUAUGUGGUAUCUGGCUCAGAUAAAGACAAUGCCAUAUCUGUCUUUGAUGCAGUAAGUGCAACAGAGGUGGCAUGUGUCCAAGGUCAUCACAGGAGUGCAAUCACAAGAUGCUGUUUUGAUCCUGGUAACCAGAGAGUGACUUCAGUAUCAUACGAUAAGACUAUAAAGCUGUGGGAUAUGGUAGCUCGAUCCACCUCAAUUACAAUUAAAGAGGGACACAGCAAUGCUAUCUCAGAUUGCUGCUUUACAUCUGAUGGUCGUUACUUGUGCACAGCAUCCUGGGACAAGAGCUUAAAAAUAUGGGAUAUAAAGACAGGAGAAUUUCAGAGUCGUGGACCUGUUACCUUGAGCCAAGGACAUGAGGGUUCUGUUAGUUCCUGUUGUUUUAGCCAAGAUGCAUCACUUGUAGUGUCUGGUGGAUAUGACAACGCUAUAGCCAUAUGGGAAACAGAUGCAGCAUAUAAGAAGUUAAGCUUAAAGGGCCACUGGGAUUGGGUGACAGACGUUGCAAUUAGUGAAAGCAAGAAGUGGAUUCUUUCAGCCUCAAAGGAUUCCACUUUGAGACUGUGGAAUAUUGAAAAGAUGGAGCACAUACCUUCAGUGAUAGAAAGCAGAAAAGAAAAAGGCUCAAGAAUUGCUCAGUGUGAAGAAUGUGAAAGACCUUUCUUAAGCCUGCAGCAUGGUGACUCUGAAGUGAUAUCCAAGUGUGUAUUCUGUCGCCUGUCUUCUCCAGCAAGAAGCAUUUUGCCAUUGCCACCUUCCAUCCCUCCUGAUCUUUAAAUUCAUCUGGCAGUCUUUGGAUGUCAACAUAUGUAAGUAUAAAUGGAAUGUCUGUACACCUUCAUGUGUUGCACAUAUAAAGCUGAAAGUUUAAUCCUGUGCUGCCACAGUAUUCUGUAUGAGGAAUGAUAAACUAUGCUGCUGAGGAGGAUCUGUUGUGACAGGACAAGGGCAAAUGGUUUCAAACUAAGAGAGGAGAGAUUUAGACUGGAUAUAAGGAAGAAAGAUUACGAUAAGGGUGGUGAUGCACUAGAACAGUUUGCCCAGAGUGGUGGUGAGUGCCCAACCCUGCAGACACCCAGGCUCUGAGCACCCAAUGGAGCUGUAGGUGUCCAUGUUCACUGCAGGGGAGUUGGAGCAGAUGGCCUACAGGGGUCCCUUCCAACUCAGACAGUUCUGUGAUGCCACCCUUGGCUGAUCCCCUGAGCAGCUGUGCCUCGCCACGUAAAGACUGUGGCUGCCCAGCAGCUGAAGUCUGUACAGUAUGGUACUGGAGAACAAAAUCAUUUACUUGCCUGUUGGUAAACUUUAAACAACUUUAAAUCAAUACAGUAGUUCCAAGCUCCGUUUAUUAAUGAAUAUGUGUGAAUUACAAAUUAUUGUCAAGUUUCCUUCCAUUUCUUAGAUAAACAAUUCUUCUUUACUAUGGCACAUACAGAAUCUUUGCUUUCAGAGGACAUCAGAGGGAGUUUUGUAAGUAAAACGAAUCAGACCAUGAACUCGUUCUCCCUCUUGCUGCCGUGCUGCUACACAACUGCUGUGCCAUAACUCCCAGCCGACAAUAAGCUGCAGUUCAUGUCUGACACAGUUCAGCACAAACUGGUUCUGUCUAAUAGGGGUCCAUCCAGCAAGGAGCAGUGUUCUGGGGAUUCUAAGGAUUAUAUCUACCUAGUGUAUGUGCAAAUCUCAAUUAAUAAAAUACUUAGUGUUUCAAAAUGUCUGGAAGCCUUGUUCCUAAAAGCAGUGUUUUCAGCCUUUUCAGCAUUUCUUUCCAAGAGGUACUUGAAAGAGGGAGGAUAGCUGACCAGGAAUGCAGUCCAACUACGGAACAGAGGUACGUUUCGGUAGGCAGAUGUGGACGUUUCCCUGCCGGAAGUAAUGCGCCGAUCCGCUGCUGGGCCGAUGUAUUGGGCCCGCGAAGGAAAGUGCGCUAUCGCCCGGCGCCGUGGCUUAGUUGGUUAAAGCGCCUGUCUAGUAAACAGGAGAUCCUGGGUUCGAAUCCCAGCGGUGCCUGCGUGGAUGAGGUCCGCCUUUUGCGCGCGACCGCCGUUUUACCGCCUCUCGGAGUGGCGGGAAGGGCGCGUGGGGCUGAGGGGGAGCGGGCUGUGUGCGCCGCGACGGGCGGCAGUGAGGAGCAAAACGAUCGGAUGGUGAGAGUGACCUUCAUGUGCACAUUCCAUGCUCUUUCUACAGGGCCAAGGGCCAUUUCUUCUGGCGGUCUGACUGCGGUCUGUGGGAAUGAAACUGGGAAGAUUAGGGGGGAAUUGAUGAAUUAGUGACUGCAAAGGCAAGUGUGGAAUGAGUAGAGCCAAGAGCUACUAUGAGAUAGUGCAUGCCUUGAAACGGUGCUAGUAAGACCCAUACCAUUAUAAGUAGCUGUAGUCGUCCAAAUUCAGUUCAAUAAUAAAAAUAAGAGAAGGAUUUAGUCAUUUCUUUUAAUACCGGCUUGUUGAAUCUCUGACUUAAUCAUUUCCAAAUGAUUUCACAUAAAUUGAUUACAUGGUUGCUGCUGGUUUCUGUAUUUCAGCAACUUUGAACAUGGGGCCCUCAGGAGAGCUUAAAAAUAGAUUUGGGGUUGUCUUGGCACCACUGGCUUUAGGCCUGCCUGACAAUGAUCAGAGCUAAUUUGCCUGCAGAGCCCUCAGCUGGUACUGUGCAAUCUGAAAUCCAUCCAGGCCUUUACUCUGUCUCUGUUCUUCCCUGUGAAGAACCUGAGGAAGAACAUUCGUUAAUGGCCAUUGGAGUGACAGUGCUUUGAAAGAAAAGAGCAUACUUUAUUCAGUAAAUACAGGCAUUUCUGAAAGAGAAUUACGUUGCGGUUAUACUGAGGUUGUGAAUGCUUCCACAUCAAGAUUUGUGUUUCACUAAUGUUAUUUGCAUUACCUUUUUGUCCCCUGAACUCUGGGCAUUACAGAAUACCUACGGAGCCCUUCUGUACUGGAAUGCAUUGAGUAAAUUGCCCGCAGAUCCAUCUAGAAUUGUGCUGAGCUAAAUGUGGGCACUGCAGUAAUUGUAAUUGUUUCCAACUGGGAUUACUGUACUUUCAGUAAAUCUAUAGACAUGGGAUGAAAUAUUUAAAAUCCCUUGGCAGUUAAAUAUUUGCCAGUGGGCCUCACUUUGGAGAGAUGGGAAAGCUCUGUGAUUCAUACCUCCAUGUUGUUACAACCAAUGGGCACUG